GAGGCCUAAUACGAACUGUGAUUUGCAGAUAUAGGAGGAAAAGAGAUAGAUUAGUAGAACACACAUCUGCUGCUCAGAUACCUACCAUGUGGGGCCCGUUCAAUGCCCAUUGUUACAGGUCCAUUAUAGAUGGAAUUGAGCAUAUCGCCAUGGUUAAGGGCGACAUUGGUGAUGGACUUGAUGUUUUAGUCAGAGUGCACUCAGAAUGUCUUACUGGGGAUAUAUUUGGAUCAGCUAGGUGUGACUGUGGGAGCCAGCUGGCACUUGCCAUGCAACAGAUUGAGGCUGCUGGCAGAGGUGUCUUGGUUUACCUCCGGGGGCAUGAGGGAAGGGGAAUUGGUUUGGGCCACAAGCUUCGUGCAUACAACCUGCAAGAUGCUGGGCGUGACACCGUCGAAGCAAAUGAAGAGCUUGGUUUGCCUGUUGAUUCAAGAGAGUAUGGGAUCGGUGCACAGAUAUUAAGAGAUCUUGGGGUUAGAACUAUGAAGCUGAUGACAAAUAAUCCAGCGAAGUACAGCGGGCUAAAGGGCUAUGGUUUAGCUGUUGCAGGAAGAGUUCCUCUUCUGACUCCCAUCACGAAGGAGAACAAGAGAUAUCUAGAGACAAAACGUGCUAAAAUGGGCCACAUUUAUGGCAUUGGAACCAAUGGCCUCCCUAACCUUAUUAACGGUAAGAAUGGGAAAUCAGGUGCAGAAAGUUCAGCUGCAUCUGAGUUGUAAAACCAUUUGCCUGUUUUCGACACACUACCCAUACAUGUAGAUGGACUAAGAGCAAGAGGAGAGGCUACUAGUAUUCUUAUCCAAAUCAAGAAUGUGACAAAAAAUGGAAUAACUAGCGUAUUCUAUUGAUUUAUUUGGAUCAUCUCAAAUUCUUAUAUGAUUCUUCCUGAGAAAUGAAAAGAUAGCUGAUCAUUAAUUGAACCAUUGUUUCCUCAAAAAGUAUAUAACGAGCAUUAAUUGUCAUGGAUUCUAGCUAGUCAUUGGGUUCAUUUUCAUUAUGUACGCUAUUCUUCUUGGUAAACAUGUACCAAAUGUCAAUUUACGUUAAAAGGAA